AAACAAUAAGACAACAAAUAAUUGAAAAAAUAAAGGAAUUUCAAACAUUUUCAAAAAUUAAAGUUUUAAGCAUGUUAAUCAACUCAAAAUAUAAUUAAAACAUGGAUAAAACAGAGAACUCAUUAGCUAGUUCCGCGGCAGAUAAAACACCUAGUUCUGGUCACCAACAGAGUGACUCAUUAACAACUACAUCUGAGGCUACAAUUGUUUCGUUAGACAACAGUAGUGCUGGAAAUUCGCCUAUAAGAAAAUCAUUAAAAACGGAUUAUGAUGAUGAAAUAUCAAAUCAGGAAAUAGACAUUGUCAAGUCGCCAAUUUUUAAUACAAUACCACUUUCGACACGAUCAAGCUUGCUACCCUGGAGUCCUCAAAAUCGCUCAUCCUCUCUUGCUGCAUCUGGAUUUUCAAGCAGCGAAAAUAUGUUUGGAUCAACGGAAAAUUUACGUCCUGGUGAAAUUGUCAUGCGAAUUUUAUUCGCUGACUUUACAUUACAAGCUGAAAAGAAGAUUGAAGGUGUUAUGCUGGAGAAUUCUGAAAAGCAAAUAUCGAAAAUAUUGCAACGAGGAGAAGAUACACAAUUUGAUCAACUAUUGUCCGCUUUGGGCUCAGUUGCUGAACAUUGUUUGCCAUCAUUAUUGAGAGCCCUUUUAGCAUGGCAUCGACGACAGAUAUCAGAUGCAGAAUUUAAGACAUUGAAUUUAAAGAAAUCAGAUAUUGAUUGGAAUUUAAUUGGAACGUCAAGUGACUUGGAAAUUCAAUUACAGCGACGUGAAGCUGCAGUUGAGUUUAUUUUUUGUUUGGUACUACUUGAAGUAUUAAAACAACUUCCAUUUCAUCCUGGAAAUGACGACAUAAUAAAGAAUAUUGAAAACCUCGCUUUUCGUCAUUUUAAAUAUCGAGAAGGAAUACAAAACUGUCCAAAUGCUUACAAUAUUCACAUUAUUGCUGAUCUUUACGGAGAAGUUGUAGGCACUUUGGCUCAAAGUAGAUUUGCAUCUAUCAAAAAGAGAUUUAUGUCAGAAUUGAAGGAAUUAAGAUCAAAAGAGCCAUCACCUCAUACGACGCAAAGCAUAAUCAGUCUUUUAAUGGGAAUGAAAUUCUUUCGAGUCAAAAUGGUUCCAAUUGAAGAGUUUGAAGCCUCAUUUCAAUUUAUGCAUGAAUGUGCUCAGUAUUUCUUAGAAGUUAAAGAUAAGGAUAUUAAGCAUGCAUUAGCUGGCCUUUUUGUCGAAAUAUUAGUACCUGUAGCAGCAGCUGUGAAGAAUGAAGUCAACGUUCCGUGCGUCAAAAAUUUUGUUGAUCUUCUAUACUCACCCACACUUGAUGCUUGCACGAAAAAUAAACAUCGAUUAGCUCUGUUUCCAUUGCUUACAUGUCUACUCUGUGUAUCACAGAAAACUUUUUUCCUCAAUAAUUGGCAUUAUUUCCUUGCGAUGUGUUUGAGUAAUCUGAAGAAUCGUGAUCAGAAAAUGAGUCGUGUUGCUCUUGAAUCUUUAUAUCGACUUUUGUGGGUUUAUAUGAUUCGAAUUAAAUGUGAAUCAAAUCAGGCUACUCACUCUCGCCUACAGAGUAUUGUGAAUUCUUUAUUUCCUCGGGGUAGCAAAGCAGUUGUACCGAGAGACAUGCCAUUGAAUAUUUUUGUAAAAAUUAUUCAAUUCAUUGCUCAAGAAAGACUCGAUUUUUCAAUGAGGGAAAUAGUCUUUGAGUUGUUGUGGGUUGGACGUCCAAUAAAGAUUAUAAUGACACCAGAACGAAUGAGUAUCGGAUUAAGAGCAUUUUUGGUAGUCGCAGAUUCAUUACAACAGAAGGACGGAGAACCUCCCAUGCCUCGAACAAUUCCAAUUUUGCCUUCUGGAAACACUUUGAGAGUUAAGAAAACAUAUUUGACGAAGUUGUUGACAGAGGAUAUGGCAAAAAGUAUCGGAAUUCAUAAUUAUUUCCCACAUGUUCGACGAGUAUUUGUUGAUAUUUUGCGAGCACUUGAUGCAUCACUUGGACGACCUUUUAUGAUGACAAAUACUCAAAAUGUGAAUAAAGAACCUGAAGAAUUAUUAACAGGCGAAAGAAAACCAAAGAUUGAUUUAUUCAGAACUUGUAUUGCGGCAAUUCCUCGUUUAAUUCCCGAUAACAUAAGUCAAACAGAACUAGUGGAUUUAUUAGCACGUUGUACAGUUCAUAUGGACGAGGAAUUAAGUGGAUUAGCAUAUCAAUCAUUGCAAACACUCGUCAAAGAUUUCCCUGACUGGAGGCAGCAUGUCAUUCAAGGCUUCACACAAUUUCUGUCUCGUGACGUUAACGAUACAUUCCAUCAAUUGCUUGACAAUGGCUUAAAAAUGCUUCAUUUAUUAUUAAAUACAUGGAAAGUUGCAUUAGAGAAAUUACCAGCAACUACACAAACAGUUAUCGUCAAGUCAGCUCCAGUUCCGUUACAAACUCAAGCUUCAAAUGAUGUCAUGUCGACGUAUACGACUACAACAACAAUGGGAACUAUCGCAACAGUCAUUUCUGCAAAAGACUCUGGAUAUAUUUCGUCACAAACUAAUCAACAGCAUUCGAUAGGAACGACAAGUACGAAUUCUAGUGUAAAUUCUAAUAGCGGAAUACAUCCAUUAAAUACUGGCGCUACAUCAAAUGUUCCAAUUGAUGUCAACAAGAAGCAAGAAGUUCCAAUUUCAACAACAUUAAAUCUUGUUGAAGGAUUAGCUCUCGUUACUUUGUGUAAUUAUAGAGCACCUCCACGAAGAUUAGCAGUUCAUAUUUUGAAGGAAGUUAAAUUAAUCAAAAAAUUACUUGGGUUGCCUGAAACUGAACCACCUCUCAUCGAUGUCAUUGAUAAAUGUUGUCCUAAGCUCCUGGAUUCAUUGAUGCCAAUGUUACCUCAAAGUGAACGUACAGCAAUAUUAAAUGCAAAUGUUAUUGAUUUACAAUGGAUUAUUGAAAGAAAUAGCAAUAUUUGGAGUGUAGGAUAUAUCGAAGAUUCUGUAAAGACGUCAGCAACUACACAAAGCUCAACUCAAUUAGCUUCAAAUAAUAAUAACAAUAGUACGAAUGGUCAAUUUGAUCCAUGGGCUAUGGUUCUCUUUGGGUUUAUGGAAAGGAAUAAUGUCAUGCAACAAUGUCCAAUUGUUGUCGCUCAAGCAUGGCCUUUAUGCUAUCAGCGAAUCCAAAGCUUGUAUACUAUUAUUGACCCAACACCUGUAAGUGAUAAUCGUGCUUCUCUACUGAGAAGCUCCACACCAGCCAAAAAACCAUUGACCGAAAGUCAACGUGACUCGUUCGUAAAUUUAUGGAAAAAUCAGAUAAAAAUGGCAAUGAGAUUAAUUCCAUCAGUUGUUUCACCCGUCAGUUCUAUAAGAUGUGCAUCACCUGACCUUAGCUUGAGCUCAUCUCCUGAUUCAAUGAAUACUGAUAGAAAUGAUAAAAAUAGUAGUGGACUGACAACAGCGGUAUAUAAAUUAAUUGUCCCGUUAUUGAGGUGUGAAGUAGCUGAUAUAAGAGAUGCGGCUGUCAAUGCAUUAGGGCUAAUUAAUCCUGAUGCAUUAAAAGAUUUAAUGGAGGAGCUUGUGCCUUAUAUAAGGGAAGCAGUUGACAAGAAACAGGAAAAUAUGAGAAGACGUCGUCGCAGAGAUGCAUUGAGACUACAACUUGUCAAAGUUUUGAAAUUGAUUGCCGAAAAUGGAACAUUUGGUGAAAGCUCGUGUGUUCUAGAACGUGAAACUUUACAUCCCACAUUUGUUGAUUAUAUGGAGGGCGCGAGACUGUAUUUGGAAGCAGAAAUUGAUAAAGACAACAGUAAUAUGAGGGAAGUAAAAAUUCAUUUUUGUGAUUUCAUCAGAAUAAUGAUCAAAAAUUUCUCGUUGGAAACGUGCAACACUUUAUUGUCGAGAGAUUUAAAGAGAAACUUGUUCAAUCUAUUUACUUCAUGGUGUGGUCAAUAUGCAAAACCUUUAGGCGUAUCGAGCAAUAUCACAUCGGCAAAUCCUGAUGAAGAAAAAUUACAAUUUAGUGCACUACAGGCAAUGUCGGCUCUUUUAUGCUGUGGCGGAUGUUUCGAUACUCAAAAUUUGAGCGAGGACGGCAACAUCUAUUCUUGGCUUGAUUUACUUUUAACGUCCUCUGAUGAUAAGAUUUAUCAACUUGGAAAAGAUACUGUAGUUUUGCUAUUAGAAUGUAAUCCAGAUGCUGGCAUGCUAUUGGAGUGGGUGAUUGAUCGAUGCUAUACAGCCACAUAUAAAGAGGCUGAUGCCUGCUUUUUUGCUCUCGCAUCAAUUUUCAAUGUCAAAGAAUAUCCAUGUGAUCACUAUACAUCUGUUAUUGCUGUAACCCUCGUAAUGUGUGGAUGUCCUAGAGUCGAAGUUCAAACAACUGCUCUGCAAUUACUACAAAUAUUGGAUAAACGAUUUUUUGGCACAACCAGUGUUCUUCAAGGCGAGAAGGAAAAAGACGAUAAAAAUUGCACCUUAGAUGGAGCUUUGGAUAAAUUGUAUUGUCGUUCGCAAAUGUAUCUCUCGCGUCAAAUGUCGCGAUUAAGGCCUGAGAUGACAAUGCCGAUGUUUUCAGAGAUUACUUGCCGUUUUCAAACUGCACGAACUGACGUCCGCUUUUUACUCCUACAAUGCCUGCUUCCGUGGCUUGAGAAUAUGGAGCUGCUCGCCUCAAAUGUACCACCGACUGUAUCACCUUUGUCAUAUAUUAUGUAUUAUCCUGACUCAGGAUUGAAAGGUCGACGAGAUGGUGCUGGAUCGACUGAGGCUACAGAAAUGAUUUUGAACAAUUUGUUUUACAUUACGGCGAAGUUCUCAGAUUCACAUGGCCGUGAAAUUGAGGAAUUGUGGGGAAUUUUAUCGCAAUGCUGGCCGAAUAAUUUGAAAGUCAUACUCAGAUAUUUAGUAAUAAUAUCAGGACUAGCACCAAAUGAGCUUUUAUGCUAUACAAAGAGAGUAGCUUUAUAUCUAGCACGUUCAGCACAAGAGAGAUUUUUGGAUGAAUUGAUGAUUGAACUUCAAACAGUUGAGACAUUAAAUUGUCUUAUCGAGAGAACUGAACAUCCACCAUUUUAUCGUUUGACGAGCAUGAGAAAGACUUCUAGUCAUUCAGACGGUGCUGCUAAUAACGAUCCAAAGGUACAAGAGGUAGCUGUUGAGAAAGGAACCAUCCACACGAAACGACAUGCGAAAAAUGAUGAUGAUAAAGGAACAUGCAAAUCUGACAGUGCUUUACGAGCUCUCAUGAACAGUAACGUUUAUCGACCGCCUAGAGGAAGCGAUAAGAUUAGAACAGCAUCAGGUCCAUCCGUUUUACCGCCAAGACAUGAAGAUAUAAUAAUUCAAAAUGAAAAUGAGAUCCAGUCAAUGGAAAAUAAUCUUCAAACGAAAGGUGAACAUCAACACUAUGUUCAUCCACAUCCACUUCCAAUGCCUGAAUAUGGUGGAUAUUUUGCUCCAUUGAAUAAAAUAUUGCCGGAUACAAACUUACCGAUAAGUGGAUUUCAUCGAUGUAAUGUUGCCGUUAUGCUUCUCACGGAAAUUGUUAUAGAUGGAAUUAAUGGAAUCGAUUGGACACUACAUUUGCCUCUUAUGCUACACAUAUUGUUUUUGGGAUUAGAUCAUACAAGAAAUACGGUUAGAGAUCAUUGCAAGCAGUUGCUGUUGAACCUUCUUUUUGUACAAUCAAAACACAAUGAUCAUUUGGGAUUGGCAAAAGUUAUGCUGAAUAGUCAAACGAAAAUAAUGGGAUUAGGCCUGGCAUGCACAAACACAUCUAUAUUGUCGAAUAAUUUUACAGAAUUUGACCAGGAAUUUGAUAGCUACAUGCUAGGUCCAGCAGUUCUUCCAGAUUUAUUAGGACAAAGUCAAUCUAACUUGAGAGUAAAUGACGAAACAAAUGCUGAGAAUGAGAAUGCAGAAAAUGUUGAGAAUAUCGAAAUACCGACAAUCGUAACAGAAGAAAAUCCCAUUCCACAGACUGGUCCAUUAAUGGAUAUAUCUCAUGUUAUUAAAAGCUUAGUAAUGUUUUUAACGCAAGAAAAUCUUACACAGCCUUUAUGGAAUUAUGAAGACAUAACAGCAAAGGUAUGGGCAUGUAAGUCUGCCGAGCAGUUAACAUGUUUUACACGACACAUUGCAAAAAUUUUCUCUGAAUCACAUCCACAAUCAAGUAUAUCAGAGAGAUGGGCACAAACUGCUCUGCAAUUAGGAUUAAGUUGUUCAUCACGACAUUAUGCUGGUAGAUGCCUCCAAAUAUUCCGAGCACUUAAUGUACCAAUCAAUUCUCGAAUGCUCUCUGACAUCUUAUCAAGAUUAGUGGAAACAGUCGCUGAACAAGGCGAAGAUAUGCAAGGAUAUGUCACAGAAUUACUUUUGACAUUAGAAGCUGCCGUUGACAGUUUAGAUUCAGAUUUCCGUCCAUUAGAUGUGAUGAAAGAUAUUUUUAAAAGUACGCCCAAUUUAAACAAUAAGGAGGUUGCAUUGUUGACUUCAAACAAGCGAGCAAGUGAUGGGAAUCAAGUAUCUCCAUUGACAACCAAUAAUGUCAUGUCAGCUGGAAAUCAUGCAAGAAGCACAAGCUAUUCCGUAACAUAUUGUGCAAAGAAAACAGCAAAUUUACCAAUGGAAGUAAAAGAAUUAAGGAACAGAACAGCCACAAACAUUGAACUCGAACGAACACACUCGAAAUUCCCAAAUUCAUUAUCACGUUCACGUUCCGCACAAAGCUUGAAGUUUGGAUCCGAUACAACAAGUCAGGAUGAUAAAAUGACUAUAUUAGCACAAUUAUUUUGGCUUGGUGUAUCGCUCCUUGAGAGCGAUUAUGAACAUGAAUUUUUAUUGGCACUUCGAUUACUCUCGCGUGUAUUGCAUCGAUUACCGUUGGAUAGACCAGACGCACGCGAUAAGGUGGAAAGAUUGCAGAACCAAUUGAAAUGGAACAAUUAUCCGGGAGUUCAUGCACUUUUAUUGAAAGGUUGCACGCAUAGUGUUACUUAUGAGCCAUCUGCUGCUCUUUUGUCCCAAUUAAUUCCAAUUUUAAAUUUACCCGUUUGUGAUCCCACACAAAGCAGUGCAUUUGCAAUGAAUGUGAUCGCAUUAUUACCUUACAUGCUGUUAAAUUAUGACAGUGGAAAUGAGAUUUGCAUACAAAGUGCUGAAAAUAUUGCACAAGUUGCAACUGAAAUGGGAUCAAAAUUGGAAAACCUCGGUACAGUUAUGACUUUAUAUAGCCGUAAAACUUUCAGUAAGGAAAGCUUCCAGUGGACAAAAUGCGUCAUAAAAUAUUUGCAUGACACCUACGCUCAUCUUGGCAUAAAUAUGCUUGCCUUCCUCAUAGAAGUUCUCGAGAAGACACAGCAAGUUCAACUUCAGGUACUGAGUGUCAUCCAUUGUUUACUUCAUUACGUCGAAUUGUCAACACCGCAAGCACAAAUAAUAAGCAGCGAUUUAUUGAGAGUUGUCGCAAAACAUUUGGAUAGCCCUAAUUGGAGAGAAGCACUGAAGAUUUUAAAAUUAAUUGUAACAAGAAGUUCUACACUCGUUUUGCCACAAGCAUCAUCGUCUGUUGACCGUUCAACAAACUUCUUCCAAAAUCUUCAUGGCAGCUAUAGUGACUCGGAAGUAUUCUGCAAAAAGGAACUGGCAGGACGAACAAUGGACUUUUCAUACGAUGUCUCCCAGACACCUUUAAUUGGACGAAGAUUAUUAUUAAAGCCUGAUCUUGAAACGAAUGUGAGCACACAAGCGAAAAUUUCACAGCCUUCAAGUUCGAAUAUUGGAGGAACAAGUUCACCACGAAGAAGCACGAGCUUAUCUCCUGCAGAUACAGCACCAUUAAGCGGAUGGAAAAGACCAUGGAUGUCUCAAAGUCGUGUGCGUGAAUGUCUGGUAAAUUUGUUGACAGCAUGUGGCCAACGCGUGGGUUUGCCAAAGAGUCCAUCGGUAAUCUUCAGUCAAUCAUCGGACUUAUUAGAACGUCAAUCAUCAGCAUCGUCAACAGAGGAUACAUCUGGUGCACAACAAGACUUAAGUGGAGGCUCAAGACGUGAUGAUGGACCACCCGAUUUUGGUGUGUUUAAAGACUUUGAUUUUCUUGAGUAUGAGAGCGAAAGCAUUGAAGGAGAGUCAACAGACAACUUUAAUUGGGGCGUACGAAGACGUCCUUUAUCGGAGGGUGAUAGUGAGCCAUUGACAAAAACACAUUCGAAUGUAAAUGAUGAAAGUGUCAGUGAAAAGACACCAGUAAUGAGUAAGAAGCGCAGAGUUAAUCCUGAUGACAGUUCCGAUGAAGAAGCAGAAUCACCAUUGGAUGAGGAUAAACCAAGUUUCCAAAAAUCUUAUGGCGCUCCGACACUUUCAUUAAGUUUACGUGAAAGAAGACGAAGAGAUUCAGUAUCGAGAAGUGACACAAGUGGUUCUAGUGCUGGUGAUUUGGACAUUACUCCAUGUAAUGCAUCUCCACAUUUGCCUGGCAUGCUAACAUUUAGAGCAUCGACGCGUGAUGAAAGUGAAGAAAGUUGGAGAAAAUGUUUACUCGCACUGCUUGUUAAUCAGCCCUCAUCACAUCCCCCCAUACUGCUUCAUCAAUUAUACAAAUUAAUACGAGAAUUGACGAUAAAGUGUAAUGAAAUAUCCAAGGACUGUAUUAAGUAUUUUACGGGAAAUUUGACGCCCUUGGGCAAUCGAAUAUCGAUUUUAUCAGAUUUAUUAUCUUCGAAGGGAGAACCUCCCAAAUUAUGGUAUAAUCAGCAAGUUGCAAGUACUCCAAGACUUGUCGAAUCAUUACGUUAUUCCGUAUUAGAAAUUCAAGAGCAUUUGGAGACAUUCUUUGAUCGAAAGGAUCAUGUCAUGGAGGGAAUUGAGUCAAUCAAAUCAUCUAUGAAAUUCAACAUUUUUGGAGAUGUGGAACAAAUGAACGAAAGUACAUCUAGCACCGACCAGAUUUCAUUAGAUCCCGGAAUUUCUGAAAUUCUCAUCGACCUUGGACGUGGAUUGUAUAAGUUAAUGUUUCAAUUACUUUUGUUGAUAGAAGCUGAUCAUAAAAUUGCUAUACAAAUCUAUCAGAAUUUACAAAAGAAUGAGUUGAUGUACGAUAUGUCUGAAGAAUAUUUGAAAAUCAAAGGAGCAAUAUUGCGGAGCAUAGAUGAUGUAGAACUCGAAUCGUUGGAUACCUCAACAUCAACAGAAGGUGAAAGUACAACUCCUACACACUCGUCACCAUUACCGAUGAAUACGAGUGAUUUUGAAAAUACAAUUUAUGAAUUGAUUGACAAACAAAGAUGGCAUGCGACAAUACAGCACGUUAAACAAUAUAAACAAGUAUCUGAUUCGUGCAGUUUCACCGUCGUCAGUUUAGAUAGCAGCUUGUGUGAGGAAUCAAAAUCAUCAGAUGAAAUGUCCAUCAUAAUGAACGUCUAUGCGGAGAGCUUGACAAAACACAAGAAUGAUGCUUUUAUUCUCUCGCGAUCCGAGCCCGAGUUGAAUGAAAUUUAUUCAAUAUUAAUGGAAAAUUUAUAUUACGUGACAGCAGCUAUACAAGAAAUGGAGCUAAAUCUCAAGACGAGUUCAAAUUCAACUGUACGAAUUGAUACCGAUGUCACAACCCUUUAAACAUCCAAUAAAAUAAUAUUGUCAUUUUUCAUAAUAUAUAUCUGAUAUCCUUUUCAUUAUAUUUAUUUUAUUUUAUUUUUCAUAUCUUCUUAUUCGAUACUUGAUAAGGCAUAAAAUAUUGCAGAAUGAUUGAAAUUUGAGUUAUUAUGAAUAUUAUUACUUCUUUGUCUUAAAUAAAAAAAAAAGGAAUAAAAAACGUAAAUUGAAAUAAAUUAUUCUUUUGAGGUUUUACUUCCAUUUUUCUGUUUAUUUGUCUCCUUUGCUUUAC